GAUGCAGCAUUAUGUUUCUUAACGGGCCUGGCCGAGAAAACUAGGAAGAAGAGCACCGUCUAUCCUACUUCAUAACAUUAACUAUCUAUGUCCGGUUAUAUUAUUUCUCAGCCAUCUAUCCCUAUCAACCUCUUUCAGGUAUAGGUCACCAUGUGGACUCGUCCGCUUACUCCUACUCUUCCCACACCUCUUCGCAGUGACGAUAUGCAUCGUAGGAAUCUGAGAGAAUGCCUUGUGAAUCAAGACACGAGUGAUGUCCAUCCACCAUCGCCCAAGAAAAAUACUCGCUAUUCUAUACAUCCUAUUUUUGACAAGUACAAGCGCCCCACAACCAAUAGCGAUGGUUAUCGCGCCCAACGGCUUCGAGACCCGGCACGCAACCAAGGAAAUACUUCUCCAGUUGCUGAAUCACAUAUGAUUAAGAGACUUAAUCGCGAUUACGCAGCACUUCGUGUUACUCUGCAUUCUAACACGGCGAAAGAUGCCACAGAAGUAGAAGCCGCUCUAGCAGUGGAUGUAGAACAUCAAGUCAAGUCCAAUAUUUCUAAGCUGGGGAAGAUUGCCGACAGGGAGCGCGAGUUAGCCACAUCUAUCCUCGAUUGCGAAGUCGACACCCAGAUCAGCAACAAAGACGGCCAGAAAAGACCAUCUGCCGUUCAUGUGAGAAGUGAGGUAUCAGGAUACCAGCAGAUAGAGGCCGAGAGUGACCAGAAGCUCGCGCGCUUGUGGUGUUCCUGGGAAGAAGCUCAGGCUGAUAUUGACGAACUUUCGGGCAAGCUUCAUGAUCUCUUCGAGCACGAGCCUUCUAGUGGAACAAGUGGAAUGUCCUCGAACAUGGAAUGGAUGGACAAGGAAGACCUUGAUAUCGACCGUCGAAUCAAGAAGGUAGUAGAUGAUAUGGCGGCAUGUGAAGAAGACUUUCAACAAAAACUUAAGUAUGAGGACACCAAUAUUUUCAAAGCGAUCUUCCAGUCUAGUUUUGACUGAAGUUGAAGUAGAUGGCUGUUGUUGCGUCACUGGUCGCUUAUGAUGAAUGAGGCGUGCUAUAAACCUUUUCAAUGCCCGAAAAGGGAGGCGUCGUCUCGAAGUAUUAAGCAAACGCAUUGUAACUACCACCAAGACAAUUUCUGACGUAUUGAUAAUCCUCGACAGACAACUUGCUGAUGUGGAUAAAAUGUAUUGAGGUUGGAGGUUGUUUUACUUGAUAGUUUCAACACUAUCGUGCUAGGUCUGGGGAUAAGAAUAAGGUGUAUAU